CUCUAUUUUGCAUCAUUGAUUUCUGGGAGAGAUUUAAUUAAGAAUAUAUUGUUUCAAUACUUUUCAAUUAUAAUAAUAAGUUAAAAAUCUAUUAUGGAUGAUCAAGGAAGAAAAGUUAUCGUUUGCGAUAACGGUACUGGGUUUGUAAAAUGCGGAUAUGCUGGCAGCAAUUUCCCUGCUUUUAUUUUCCCUUCAAUGGUUGGCAGACCAAUCAUUCGGGCGGAAAACAAAAUAGGAGAAAUUGAUGUUAAGGGAAUAACUAUCGGAGAUUUGAUGGUUGGUGAUGAAGCAUCACAAUUGCGUUCGAUGCUAGAAGUCAGUUAUCCAAUGGAGAAUGGGGUUGUACGUAACUGGGAGGAUAUGUGUCACGUGUGGGAUUACACGUUUGGUCCCAGCAAGAUGAACAUUGACCCCCGGGAGACUAAGAUACUCCUUACGGAACCCCCUAUGAACCCUACUAAGAAUAGAGAGAAGAUGAUUGAGGUGAUGUUUGAGAAGUAUGGGUUUGACAGUGCAUAUAUUGCUAUUCAAGCAGUACUGACUUUGUAUGCACAAGGUCUCAUCUCCGGAGUAGUGGUUGAUUCAGGUGAUGGUGUAACUCAUAUAUGUCCGGUGUAUGAAGAAUUUGCUUUGCCACAUUUGACAAGGCGUUUGGAUAUAGCUGGUCGUGAUAUCACUAGAUAUUUGAUUAAAUUAUUGUUACUACGCGGGUAUGCGUUCAAUCAUUCCGCGGAUUUUGAAACUGUUCGUAUGAUGAAAGAGAAACUUUGUUAUAUCGGGUACAAUAUAGAACAGGAACAACGCCUCGCUUGGGAGACAACUGUACUCGUUGAACCUUAUGUCCUACCUGAUGGUAGAGUGAUCAAAGUUGGUGGUGAAAGAUUUGAAGCUCCUGAAGCUCUAUUCCAGCCACAUCUCAUUAAUGUUGAGGGUCAGGGGAUUGCUGAGCUGGUGUUUAACACUAUACAGGCAGCAGAUAUAGACAUGCGCAAUGAACUAUACAAGCACAUAGUGUUGUCAGGUGGGUCCACAAUGUACCCCGGUCUGCCUUCUCGCUUGGAGAGAGAGAUCAAACAACUUUACCUGGAGAGGGUGCUGAAGAAUGAUUGCGAUAAACUUGCUAAAUUCAAGAUCCGCAUCGAAGAUCCACCUCGACGUAAAGACAUGGUGUUCAUUGGGGGCGCUGUGCUCGCUGAAGUCUGCAAAAAUAGAGAUAAUUUCUGGCUAUCCAGAGCUGAAUAUCAAGAACAGGGUAUAUCCUGUCUCAGAAAACUCGGCCCAAGAGCAAGUUAAUUUAAUUCACAACGUAUUUAUAACAAUUAUGAGUUUUAUUCCAAAAAUGUAUUAUU